AUGUUCAGAGUAAUAUAUGUUACAACACAUUUGACUUUGGAACUUGACGUUUCCUCGCAACAUGCCUGUCUUACUACGUCUCAACAUCUUCCUGUGCCCCCUCAGGGCAUCCUGGUUAACAAAAUCCUGACCUACAUAGAAAGCCCAGAGAAGUCCACGGUGGCCCACGGCGUCGGCCUGGCCGUGGCUCUGUUCUGCACCGAGUUCCUCAAAGCUUUCUUCAUCUCCCUGAUGUGGGCGGUCAACCUGCGGACGGCCGCCAGACUGAAAGGAGCCUUCUCCUCUAUAGCAUUUCAGAAAGUCAUCUCUCUGAGGGUGCACAGCGGGAUUUCAAUGGGAGAGAUGAUAAACGUCCUGACCAGCGACGGCCACCGGUUGUUCGAGGCGGUGCUGUUUGGGAGCUUUGCGAUCUGCGCCCCGGUGAUCUUCAUCGGAUGCAUUGUGUUAGCCUGCUUUGUUCUGGGUUACACUGCACUGACAGGGGUCUGCAUCUACAUCAUCUUUGUCCCCUUACAGUUUUUCCUGGCAAAGCUCAUUAACAAGUUUAGAUGGAAAGCCAUGCAGCUCACAGACGGCCGCGUCCGCACCAUGAACGAGAUUCUGAACAGCAUCAAGCUCAUCAAGAUGUACGCCUGGGAGGAGUCCUUUGAGAAGAAGAUAGCAGGGUUAAGAAAAAAGGAAAAGAAGCAGGUUCGGUUGGUCAGCUACAUCCAGAACAUCAACACCAGCAUCUCCAGCAUCAUCCCGACCGUCGCCACCGUUCUCACCUUCCUGGUGCACACUCUGCUGGGUUUGUCGCUCACCACGUCCGACGCCUUCACUACCAUCGCCAUAUUCAACGCCAUGAGGUUCUCUCUGGCUCUGCUGCCACUGUGCGUGAAGGCUAUUGCUGAAGCCGCUGUGUCCCUCAAGAGAUUAAGGAAAAUCUUGCUGGUCCAGAAUCCCGAGCCCUACCUGGAGCAGAGGAAAGACAAUAACACCGCUAUAGAGAUGAGAAAUGCAACUCUGUCCUGGACCAAAACUACCAGCAGGCCGGACCUCCCCAAUCCCCAGAAUGGCCAGGUGAAGGACCACAAGCAGGACGAGACGGGUCAGAGUGAGAGCUUACCGACGCUGAAGAACAUCUCCUUCACUCUGCCCAAGGGCAACCUGCUGGGCGUUUGCGGCAACGUGGGGAGCGGAAAGACGUCGCUCAUUUCCAGCAUUCUAGAACAGAUGCACCUUCUUCGGGGCUCCAUCACAGCUGAUGGGACGUUCGCCUACGUUUCCCAGCAGGCCUGGAUUUUCCACGGAACAGUUCAAGAAAAUAUUCUGAUGGGGGAAGCUUUCAAUCAGGCCAAAUACGACCGGGUUUUGGAUGUGUGCAGCCUCAGAGCUGACCUUAAGAUACUUCCAUAUGGAGAUCGGACUGAGAUUGGAGAACGGGGGCUGAACCUGUCAGGAGGACAGAAGCAGAGGAUCAGCCUGGCCAGGGCCAUCUACGCCAACAAAGACAUCUUCCUGCUGGACGAUCCGCUGUCUGCUGUUGAUGCCCAUGUGGGGAAACACAUUUUUGAAGAAUGCAUAAAGAAAGAACUUCAAGGAAAAUCCAUCAUACUCGUCACACAUCAACUCCAGUAUCUGGAGUUCUGUGACGACAUCCUGGUUCUGGAAGAGGGCGAAGUGAGGGAGGCCGGGAAUCACCAGGCACUGAUGAAGGCCAAUGGACGCUACGCUCAACUCAUCAGCAACUACCAGAUGGAGCAGUCGGAAGCACAGAAGGAGGAGGAAGAGGAGGGCGAAGAUGAGGUGUCCCACAAAGAGGCUGCUGAGGUCAGACGGCGCGCUGACAGUGGGAUAGUGAACCCUGCUUUUGACAUGUCAGAUGAAACUGAUGAUGGGGCGCCAGCGGACCAGAAGCCCGCUGUGACGGGAGAAGAUCAGCUGGUAAGUCAGGAAUCCUCCACAGAGGGAUCAGUGUCCUGGAGAGUCUACCACCAGUACUGCCAGGCAGUUGGAGGUUACUUCGUCACCUUCUUCACCAUCUUCAUCAUAGUCCUCAUGAUCGGAUCCACAGCUUUCAGCAACUGGUGGCUAAGCUACUGGCUGGGGCAGGGAGACGGGUCCAAUUCAACUUCUAACUCUGGAAAUAUGACUUCUAAACCUGGUGAUGUCUCCCAAAAUCCCCGCCUGCACUUCUACCAAAUGAUUUAUGGAGUGAUGAUCCUCGUCACGGUGGUCCUUGCUGUUAUCAAGUGCUUUUUUUACACUCAUGUCACACUGAGAGCUGCCUGCAAACUCCAUGACAGUAUGUUCCGAAAGAUUCUUGCCAGCCCAAUGAGUUUCUUCGACACGACACCUACUGGACGAAUUCUCAACCGCUUUGCUAAAGAUCAGGAGGAGUUGGACUCUGUGCUUCCUCUCCACAUGGACCCUUUCCUGCAGUUCUGUCUCCUCGUCACAUUCACCAUCAUCAUCAUCGCCUCUGUUUUUCCCGCCAUGCUGGCAGCUGUGGUUGUCAUGGGUGUUUUGUUCACCCUCAUCCUCUUUGUAUUUCAGAGAGGCAUUCGUCAGAUGAAGAAGAUGGAGAACAUCAGCCGCUCUCCGUGCAUCUCUCUCACUACCUCCACCCUACAGGGCCUCAGCACCAUCCACGCCUACAACAUCAGGGACAGCCACAUAAAACUGUUCAAAUCUCUGAAUGACAUCAACUCCAACCAUUAUUUACUGUUCCACUCCGGCACACGGUGGCUCUCUUUCUGGUUGGACUUCAUGGCCGCCUCCAUGACGCUGCUGGUGGCUCUGUUUGUGGUGCUGAGCAGCAAUGACGUCAUUAGUCCGUCUCUAAAAGGCCUCACCAUGUCUUACACCAUACAGCUGACAGGCAUGCUCCAGUAUGUAGUGAGGCAGUCAACUGAAGUGGAGGCCAGGUUCAAUUCGGUGGAACGACUGCUGGAAUACAUCACGACCUGUAAGUCUGAGGCCCCCAGACACAUAAAGGGGGCUAAGAUUCCUGACGGCUGGCCCAAAAACGGAGCGAUUACCUUCCAUGAGUACAAAAUGAGGUACAGAGAGAACACGCCUAUCGUCCUGAAUGGGCUCGAUUUCACCAUCCAGGCUGGAGAGAAGCUGGGCAUCGUGGGAAGGACGGGCUCUGGGAAAUCCUCCUUAGGCGUGGCUCUGUUCAGACUGGUGGAGCCGGCGGGAGGGAGCAUUCUUAUUGACGAUGUGGACAUCGCAGCCAUCGGCCUGCGGGAUCUGCGCAGCAAACUCUCCAUCAUCCCCCAGGACCCGGUGCUGUUCACUGGCACGGUCAGGUACAACCUAGAUCCUUUUAAUCAGUAUACUGAUGAGGAGAUCUGGGCGGUGCUACAGAAAACCUACAUGAAGGACUCGAUCUCCAAGCUGGACGGGACGUUGCAGGCUGAAGUGUUGGAGAAUGGAGAAAACUUCUCUGUCGGUGAGAGGCAGCUGGUGUGUAUGGCCAGAGCACUUCUUCGCAACUCCAAGAUCAUUCUGCUGGACGAGGCCACGGCCUCCAUCGAUUCAGAGACGGACGCUCUGAUCCAAAACACCAUCAAGGAGGCCUUCCACGACUGCACCAUGCUCACCAUCGCACAUCGCAUCAACACUGUGAUGUACGCAGACCGCAUUCUGGUCAUGGACGAUGGAAAGGCAGCAGAACUGGACCCCCCAGAAGUGCUGAAGCAAAGACCAGACUCCUUGUUCUCCUCACUCCUCACUGCUGCUAACACUGUGAACACAUAAAACCUCCAGAGUCACAUCAUCGAGCGCAGCAGUAACUCAUAGCAACAGCUCUUCAUCACUUAGCCUUAUGUCAGUCGGUGCUGUAAAACUAUAAAGUGGGAAGCUGAGCUUAAAUCAAGUGUGGCAGUGAGGGAGAGAUCAGAUGUGGGAAAUAUUAAACUUUUAUUUUUGUUUUCUUGGCUGGGUAAAUAAAGGUGUACUUAUAUCACAAGUGUUCCAGGAAAAACAAUGUUAAUGUUCAUUCAUCAGUUUUUGAUCAGCGUUUGUGUGUAUUUUAUUUAUUGCUCCCUGUCACUUUUGCAAAUGUCAUGUAAAUGUUGAGAGUAAUGCAGAAUACCAAGUGAAAACGUAUACAUUUUUAAAUUGCCACUGCCUUUGAAAACACAAAAGGCUCCCAUGUAUCGUAAAACCGACAUCCGUUUUCUGAUGAAAUGUACAACAGGGCUCUUUGAACAAACUAGCAAUAAACACUGCAAAUUUGUAACCUUGA